GCCUUGGAUUUACAGCGGAAUUAAACGUUGUAUUUGAAAGGAGUAUGCUUUUGUAUUAAUUUGAUAUUUUCAUUCAUUUUUUUCUUCUUCAUUUUAUUCAUUUUAAUCACAAGAAUGAUUAUCUGUAGUAUUUAAACCACGACUUGUUUGGUUAUGUGAAAGUGAAAGAUUGGGUUUUUAUUACGGAAGGAAAAAGAUCUACAUAAUGUAUAAUCAGUCAAAAACGGUUGAUAGCAACUGUGUGAACAUUGAUGUAGAAUGUGUUACGUUUGAAAAUAUAUGUGUAUAUAUGUUCCGUUGCUUGGUUUAUAUGAAAGACUGUUAGCAUAUUGUAUUGUAGUUUUAAAAGAAGAAAAGAGUUAUUAGUGCUUACGUUGAUGGGAUUGCUCUGAUUUGAAGCUUUUCGUGUGACUCAAACCUUCUUAGUGAUGCUAUAACAUUGAAAAAACACAUUCAUAUCAUUAGAAAGCAGUAUCAAUUUCAUCAAAAUGAAUGUUUCCAAAAACAACUACACUAACAUAACCUACUAUGGAUAUGACCUCAACGAACGUGUGUCUAACAUUGUAUCAAUGGCAAAUUUGCUGCAGACAAUGUUUCUUUUAGUUGGAGUGCCAGCAAAUUGUUUUGUAUUAUAUAUUUACACAUUUAAAAAACCUAAAGGCGACAGAUUUGGUGUCGUAAUGUCUUCAUUAGUCGAUUUAACUGCUUCUGUAUUUGGAUCGGCAUGUGGUUUUGCUAUGAACACUAAUCCAGUUAAUUUUUAUAGCGAUUCACAAUGUGCGUUCAUGUUAGGUAGUAAUAUGCUUUUGUGGAAUUUAUCUGCAGUUUGCAUUCUUAACGUAACUACAUACCGUUAUAUCCUCCUUCGAUAUCCUUCGGUUCAACUAAAAAAUAGGUAUCGACAAAUCCUCACAGUGAUAGUGAUGUUAGUUGCCAUCGGUUUCUCAAUUCCGGCUUUCAUAUUUUAUGGAGAAACAAAAGUCGGCCUUCGUCUCCAAAACUUAACCGUGUUCGGGAAAAUGUGUGGAGCAUCGGGAAUACUUGAAAAGGGACCAUUAUUCCAGGUAUAUCCGAUAGUUGUUUCAGUCAUUUAUACUUUUGUAUUUCUCUAUUUAACUUUUAUACAAUUAAGACUGUCAGUACUAUUUUACAGAGGACUUGCUAAAAUGGAGCGAUUACCACCAUCUUUCCGCUAUGGAACUCUUGCACAUAUUAAAAUUAUGGACAACUUAAAAAUAAUUGAUAGAUAUGCAAACAAAAAUUUCUUUGUCAUAGGCUCAGAUGCGUUAAUUUGUAAGUCCUGUGAAAAAAAAUCAAUGAAAAUAACAUGCGGAACUGAUGACAGACUGGAAAAGAAAAGUGCAUAUGAAAUGAUGUUAGAUAUUGAUAUAAUCAUUCCAGAGAAUACAAAUUUAAUUGAUGAUACGUCAAACAAUCUCAAAGAUUCGAAUAAUCCAAGGUUAAAAAUAGUUUCAUCACCUAGGCGUGUCACGUGGUACUUGAAUCACGCCCUUAUACUAUUUUUUUUUGUUUAUUUACUAAUUGAUAGAGCUAGAGAGAUGUUUAUAAAUACAAGUGUUUGGAGUGAUAUCAGUAAAAUAGAAUGGAGUUGGGGCUGGCUCUGUCUUGGAAAUGUGAUGUACGGUGUAUUAAAUCCAUUUUUACACUCGAAUUUUCUCAUUUUCGAUACUCUAAAAAAUUAUCUUAGAGCCUGAAAUAUGUAUUAUUAACAAAAAAAAAUAAAUCUGUACAUAUCAUGUCAGCAAGACGCUUUUUUAUUAUUUAUUUUGAGCCGAUAUUUAUUCUUAAACUUUGUAAAAUUGUGUUUGCUACAGUAAGUGUAUAAUUAGUAUUUACUGGAAAAAGCUACGUGGUUUUUACGUUAAAUUCGAAAAUAGAAAUAGAAAAUAGUGUUAUUAACAUGGAAAAGAAUUUUCUAUCCCAAGUGUCGCAUCAGUCUAUGAAAAUCGUACAAAUUCAGACAAAUUUUCAACUUGAUAAGUUUUGACUAUGCAGUGCAUUUUUGGAAAAACGUCCAUAUUUUUAUGAUUUGAAAAUAAAUUUUAGUUCAUUCAAAUAUCGAAUUGCAGGUUUUACCCAAUCGGUAGUUGGUUAAACUUUUUAGACGUUUUGAUUUUUGAUUAUUUGGUCUUUAAAUUUUAUUUUAUUUUUUUUGCAACUGCAUCAGAUGUUGAUUGUGUUUUCGAUCCUUUUUUUCUAAUUUUUCCGAAACAUCUUAAAUAUUGGUAAAUAAAGUGUAACGUAUAAAUCUAUUAAGCAUGCUUAACAACAAUUUACUUAGUCUAAAGCUUCAAUUAAGUAUCCCUGAACAAGCAAGAACUAUUUUACAUAAUCAUAUGUUUACUGGAAUGGUACGCUUUAUCUCCUUUAUUGAUAAGACUUUUCAAAGCUUCAUUGAACCGCGAUUGUUUUUGUUUUUUUACACUUGAUGUAAACUACAUAUUUGUUUGAAUUUGUAAUAAACAUUUCAAUAAAAGGAUCGAAAAUACACGUGGUCUACAAUACAUGUAAGCAGUAACAUUGCAGUAUGUUUCGUUAUCUUGUGUUAAUAAACGUUUGUAUUCUGAUCAGGAAUAAACAUAUUUGACACAAUACUGAUUCAGUGAAGUUGUAAUAAAUUUAAAAAACGACCAUGAUAAAAUGACGGAUUUUAUUAUAGAUAGAUAUAAACUGUAAACAGCAAUAAUUUUUAGCAAAGUGAGAUCUACAAAAAAAUAUUUGACCACAAUUGACCUUUUAAUGAGUUAUUGCCCUUUAAAGAAUAUUACACAAUUUGUUCAUCAAGUUUGCUAACAUUUAAAAAUCUUCUCCUCCGAAGUGCAAGUUAGCGAUUUAGGCUUUUGAGAGCCUUAAUUACACUGACGGAAUUCGAAAUGUUCCCAUGUUUUUGGUAUCAUUUCUUUUCCCUUUUUUACCUCUAAUUUUAUUUAUGUUUAACAUGUCCCUUUAUUUCAUUUUGAAGUUAUUAGUGACCUUCUCUUACUUGUCAGACAUAAAAUAUGAUUUAUAGAGAGAGAAAAAGUGUAGUUAAUAGAUAUUUUAUUUGUAGUUUGAACGGUAGUUAAAAAUAAAAACAAAUGUGGAUUUAAGUUUUCUAGGCAUUUUUUAUGAAGAUUCCCACAUUAAAACCUUUCGUGUUUAUUUAUCUUGUGUAAAUUGACUGUGCAAGUUAGUAUAUAAUUCUGGUGUAAUUUCAUGUUUUGUAGUACAUAGAUAUAGGAAGAUGUGAUGUGAGCGCCAAUGAGACAACUUAUUUUCCUUUUCUACAAAUUGAAUAUUUUGCCAGAGCUUUUUUUAACUAAUAAAAAAUAUAUAAUCCAG